GUCUGCAGCCGACCAUGGCUUCUGGGGCUGCAGGGGGAUCUGGGGGAAUGAGUUCAAACCGGCGUCCGAUGCUACCAUGGUGUCGUUGCGAUCCAAAUCAGCCAUCUGGAAGCAUGUCACGCAAGGACAGCUGGUGGGGACAUGGGAGAAGAUGCACGACGACCACAAGUUGCGCUGCAACUACUGCAAGGUGAUUUACCAGGGAAACCAGACCAACACAGCGCGACACUUCACGCAGCCUAAGAAGUGCAAGCAGGCACCGCUGUCCGCUCUGGCGGACAUAUGGAACAAGACGCGGUACAAGUUUGACCCGCGUCACGAGGAGGGUAUCCUACGUUAUAUGGAGGAGAUGGGCAUAGCUGACACGCGAUCUUUGUCGGGGAGGGGCACCCAGAGGAGGCAGCCAGGUGGAGGGUUCGGUGCGGACCAAGAUGACGAUAUGAUGGACGCUGUGGACGAGGUGGAGGCGUUUUUGGACCGGGAGGCGAGGCGAGAGGCCGAUGCCACGCGAGGCACUGCGGAGGUGGGAGUGGAGGGUGGUGGGUCGAGUCCCCCGCAUUUGAGGGGGGAGGAGGUCGUGAUGACUGCGUGUGGCACGGGAGGUGGAUCCCGAGAUGCUGGGCAGAGAGAGAGAGCAAGAGGGAAGAUGCACGUCGAUGAGGUGGACGAUGAUAUUCCUGCGGAGAGGCACAAGAGACCUAGACAAACGACUAUCGACGAGGUGUAUGAUGGUGAUGCUCAACAGCGGACGAGGAGCACGUUUUUGGAGUGGGUGUAUGAGGCGGGGAUCCCGUUUCGUGCUUUCCGGAGGAGCUAUUGGAGGAGACACCGCAAGGCUGUGGUUGAGUUGCCACGUGGAGUAUGGAUGGUGUAUCCUAGUCACAAGGAGAUUGGGGGGAAGGGGGUUAUUAAGAAGCGCGAUGAGGCCGCUACCAGGCUCGCGCAUAUGCACGGCGCUGCUCUUCACCUUAUCAGGUCAAAGAGCAAGCGCAAAUCCUUUGUUCAGCCUGUGGAGACGAGAUUCGCGUCUGUGUUUAUGAUGCUCCUUUGCCUAAAGGAGCGCGGAGACGCGCUUGAGUCGAUGCUGCACGAUGAGGCUUGGGACAAUAUUCCCUGGGAGUCUCGAUUGGUCGACCAGGCGGUGUGGGUGCGCCAGACUAUCCGCGAUGGAUUGUUUUGGCGGGAUGUGGAGUAUGGCAUUCUGGUGAUGCCUCCGAUCUACCAGUUGCUCAGGAAGUCGGAUAGGGGCGGGAUGGUUAUGUCCCUGUUUUUUUCUUGGAGUCGUCGUGUGGUGGAUGAGUUACGACGCUUGCAGGAUGGAGAUAGGAUCCCCUCUGAGAUACUCGAUGAUUGCAUCGAGCAGGUCCUCGCCCGUCGCCAGCAUAUGCUGGAGCUGGCGCACGCCACGGGGGGAGAUCGGGCAGGCGCUCGGUACUUGCGCACGCGUGAGCAAAUGAGACUGUUUCACGCACGUAUGGGUCCUAUGUUGACUGACCCUGCCAAGAGGGACGCAGAGGCGCAGGCAUGCAGAGGGGACGACGAGACACCGGGGUGUGCUGCUUGGUGGCAGGAGCAUGGAGGCGCAUACCCCGAUCUUCAGGAGAUUGCAGCGCGGGUGCUGCACAUGUGGACGUUCGCCUCUCCCGCAGAGAGGAACUGGGCAGAACAUGAGCGCAUGUGCACGGCUAGGCGUAACAGGUUAGAGUUCACGAAGGUCGCUCAGCUGGUUGAGUUUGCCACCAAUCUCAAACUGUUGGAGUGUUCCGAGUCAUCUACCGGUUACGUUCUUCCGUGGGGACACUUGGACGCCCUGGAUGAGGUAGAGGGUGAGGACGAGCCCGAGCCUUUGGUAUGGGGAGGUACUCGUCGGCCUCGUCCAGUGUCAGAGGUGUUUGGUGCGAGAGUCGCGGUUCUCCUCCCGUACGAGGCGGAGGUGCCCGAGGAGGAGGUUGUGGAUGACGCGGCUCGCGACGCCAUUGAUGGCGAUGAGGACUGGACCGACCCCGAGGAGAUCGCAUGUCGUGCAGACAAGACGCUAGAGAGAGUCUACUUUGCACAGGGAGGACAUAGCAGCACAGCACGACCUCAUACCACGCUCAUCAGAGCAGACGAUGAYCCKCCGCGCGRCACAUCUGACACACAUCAUGGCACCGGACGUGGCGCGGGCACGAGGGGYACCGRAGGUGCCACACARCCGAGGAGGGUGUUUGGUGUUGACARCACYGAYGAUGASCAGGCAGUGGAGGAUGAGCAGGCAGCAGGGAUGYCGGYGCCUGAGAUGGGGAGARACGYUCAGCCUCGUAGACGGUCGGAGAGGCUGGUUGGCCRUGACARCACAGCCCCGCAGACAMAGACCGGUUGUUCGCARCACCUAGAGGAGAUASAGUGCGACACGGUGGAGGGUGAGCAGUCUGAGCAGCGCACUCCUAUUCACACACACACAUCACAGGACAUGCCUUUCGACUUGCGGACGAGGGACUUCAUGGUGGGUGGGGAGGGCACGUYCGGAUUCGGCAUUGGCAGACRUCARCACGUUCGAGUGGGAGACAUGGCGGACUACUGUCCCCGUGACAYGCCGAGGGAGGAGACYGAGGCAGAGCGUGACGCRCGCAUUGACGYCGAGGAGGAGAGUCGUUUGUCUCRGAUGCARUGGGCGGGGAGGGUGGCUUUUCUGGCGGAGGCGGAGCGCAGGAGACGGYUGGARACCAUUGGUSCAGGUGGYGAUGWCGACARCGCARAGGGUUUGAUUGGACCGGAUGCUGCCCUGCARCCUUCGGGUGGGGGCCGUGCUGAUGAUCCACUUGUGUCUUCAUCGCCUAGUGCUACGACACACCAUGCCACUCUCUCGCCAUCCYCGACCGUUACGRGAYAURCUGAURUUCCAUGUGUGUCAGCARCGCCUCCUGUACCAUGCGGGUCGCCUGCAAGUGGUUCAGGCACGAUGGACUCGGAGUCGGAUAUUGUGCAUGACAUUAUACUGGGACUUAUGGCACCUGCAGGUGCGGAGGUAGAGCARGUGUUACCUGGACACGAGGAGGAGAGGGCRGGACAGGAGGAGGACGCRAUGGGACACGAGGAGGAGGAGAGGGYGGGACGUUCGGUCUCGRACACGCWGGUCGUAGCUGGAGAYGAGGAGGAGAGRGCGGGACAGGAGGAGGACGCGAUGGGACACGRGGAGGAGGAGAGGGCRGGACGUUCGGUCUYGGACACGCAGGUCGUAGCUGGAGACGAGGAGGAGAGGGCGGGACACGAGGAGGAGAGGUCGGGACGUUUWGUCKCGGACACGCAGGUGGUAGCUKGACACGAGGAGGAGAGGUCAGGACGUUCAGUCYCGGCCACGCCUAGCGCACAGACAGUUGCGCGGCGUCCGACACCAGGGAGUGUUGUUGGGAGAGGACACUUGCCUGCCUCUAUGGCACCUUCACGGMAGGAUAUCCGGCAGUCUGACCACCGUCCUUGGUCGAGUGUGCGAAGAGUGGAUGGGAAGYUUAGGASAGAGGUUGYUGGAGCUGAGGCACGACGCCGAGARGAGAGACAGAGGGUAGAGAGAGAGGCACAAGAGAGAGCCAUGGCAGAGAGAGAGGGAGAGGAGGGAGGACGGGCCGAGGGUGAUAGCGGGGGUAGUGGUGGCGGACCCGGUAUAGGCACCGCGUGUCGCAUUUUGGGAGUGGGACUUCCGAGGAGGAUGAGAGAUCUCCGCAUACCAGCCGCCCCAGAGGCCGGAAUGUAGAGCGGGGCGUACACCUUUGGCGAGGAGGCUUUGCCUAUGCGCGUGGGGGAGAGACGUCAUGAGUCAUUGGCGGAGAUAG